AUGGAUCUUCGCGUCGACAUCGUCGAGACGAGGCUCUGCCUGGACCAUCGCAGGAGGCCACAAGGUAAGUUAUUCCUCAGGUAAGUGCAUUUGCUCUGUUUCUUCAUUUUGUCUGCUGAAGUUCCGUGCCGUAUGCUGCUCUUGCUGCCUGCACUCUGUAUGCUAGUCUGUCUGCUAAUAGCUAGACGAAACCCACGAUGCCUGCUGCGACUGUCUGUCUGUCAGUUUAUGCCACUCUCUGCUAAUAGCUAUGUGUUACGGUGCUUGACACUUGAAUGGUGCCCUCUCACUUCUGUCUCUGUCUGAUGACUGUGUCUGUUGCUCACUCUAACUAGCUGUAAGUCCCAUAGCGUUAGGUAGUGUGUAUGCUCUCUCCUACUUCACUCCACCACAUCACCAUCACCACUAAGGUCCCAGGCUAAUUCGGGUCGUUCUCUCACUAACAAAAAGUCGUGGCCCAUAGUGGAGUCCGGCAGCCGUCUGGGAUAACCGGGCAGCCCUGUUCAGGGAUGCGUUGCCUGCCUUCGCGAGGGGGGGGGCUAGAAAAGGUGCCCUAAAGAUCGCUGGGAACCACGCUGUCUGUAGGCUGGCCGUGGCCGCAGACAAAAAAACACACGGUCGAAACAGCCAAAAUCAAAACAACAACAACAACAACAACAACAAUCACUCUCUUCCUCUUCCAGCCUAUUCUUCUUCUUCUUCUUCUCCUACUCCUACUUUUCGCCGCCGCAGUCGCCAGAUUGGCAGGGUGAGCCCGCUCACUCUGGCAGCCUGGAAUGUUCGUUCCCUUUUAGACAAUCCGAGGAGCAACCGACCGGAACGGAGGACGGCGCUAGUGGCACGAGAACUGGCGCGCUACAAGGUGGACAUCGCCGCACUCAGCGAGACCCGAUUCUCCGAACAAGGCCAACUGGAGGAGGUGGGUGCCGGCUACACCUUCUUCUGGAGUGGUCGACCCAGGGCAGAGCGACGAGACGCGGGCGUUGCCUUUGCCAUCCGGAACGACAUCGUGGGACGACUGUCCUGUAUGCCGCAGGGCAUAAACGAUCGCCUGAUGAGCCUCCGUCUGCCUCUCCAGGGUGGGGGCACAUUCGCCAACAUCAUCAGCGCCUACGCUCCGCCGAUGAGCAGCCCCGACGCCGCCGCAAGAGACAAGUUCUACGAGGACCUGCACGCCCUCUUGGCGACUGUAUCGAAGGCGGACAAGUUGAUUGUCCUUGGCGACUUCAACGCCCGCGUCGGCACAGACCAUACUGCCUGGAGGGGAGUGCCUGGUCUCCGCGGCUCCAACGACAACGGCCUGCUUCUCCUCCGCACCUGCGCAGAACACCGCCUCAUCCUGACGAACACGUUCUUCUGUCUGCCGGAGCGAGAGAAGGCCACCUGGAGGCAUCCUCGGUCGCGUCAGUGGCACCUGCUGGACUAUGUCCUCGUCCGGAGGCGAGAUCAGCGGGACGUGCUGGUGACGAAGGCGAUCGCGGGUGCUGACGGGUGGACCGACCAUCGCCUCGUCAUAUCGAAGAUGCGUAUUCGCCUACAGCCUCGCAGGAGACCACAAGGUAAGCGACCCCCAGGUAAGCUGAAUGUUGCUUUGUUGUCUUUGCCUGCUCACCGUCUCCAUUUCAGCAAUGAGCUAGCUCAACGGCUAGACAACCGCACAAUCGCCGAUGCCGCCGCUGCCGAGAACGCCUCCGUGGAGAACCGCUGGUGUCAACUGCGAGACACGAUCCAGUCGACGGCGCUCGCCGUCCUCGGUCGCGCUCCCCGCCAACACCAGGACUGGUUCGACGACAACGACGCCGCCAUCAGAAAUCUGCUUGCAGAGAAGAACCGCCUACACAAAGCCUACGUAGAGCACCCCACUGAGGGCAACAAAGCUGCCUUCUACCGCAGUCGCAGACAGCUUCAGCAACGACUGCGUGAGAUGCAGGACGCCUGGACUGCUCGCAAAGCUGAGGAGAUCCAAGACUACGCGGACCGCAACGAAUGGAAGAACUUCUUCUCCGCGAUCAAAUCUGUCUACGGUCCGCCGACGAAGGGCACUGCUCCUCUCCUCAGCGCCGACGGCAGCACUCUUCUGACUGAGAAGACGCAAAUCCUACAGCGAUGGGCCGAGCACUUCCGAGGCGUCCUCAACCGCCCUUCCGUCAUCUCCGACGCCGACAUCGCCCGCUUGCCGCAAGUGGCGAACAACGUGGACCUCGACCUCCCGCCAUCUCUCCAUGAAACGAUCAGGGCCGUGCAACAGCUCUCCAGCGGGAAAGCACCCGGAUCGGACGCAAUCCCUGCUGAGGUCUACAAGCACGGAGGUCCCCUACUGAUGGAUCACCUGACUGCGCUCUUCCAGGAGAUGUGGCGUCAAGGUGAAGUCCCGCAAGAUUUCAAGGACGCAACUAUCGUGCACCUUUACAAGCGAAAAGGGAAUCGCCAAGUCUGCGACAACCACCGCGGCAUCUCCCUACUGAGCAUCGCCGGAAGAUCUUCGCUCGCAUCCUGCUCAACCGCCUCAAUAACCAUCUGGAACAGGGCCUUCUGCCGGAAAGCCAAUGCGGCUUCCGUCGUCAUCGUGGGACCACGGAUAUGA